AUCAACUAAACUUGUAUUAAUUUCCAAGUAUCACUCUCUAAAUCAUCUUUCUCGAAUUCACCUCCCAAGAAAUGUCGACAGAGUCGUACGAAGACGCCAUUAAAAGACUCGGAGAGCUUCUCAGUAAGAAAUCGGAUCUCGGGAACGUGGCAGCUGCAAAGAUCAAGAAGUUAACGGAUGAGUUAGAGGGACUUGAUUCCAACAAGUUAGAUGCUGUAGAACGAAUCAAAUCCGGAUUUAUCCAUUUCAAGACUAAUAAUUAUGAGAAGAAUCCUACUUUGCACAAUGCACUUGCCAAGAGCCAGAGCCCCAAGUUUCUAGUGUUUGCUUGUGCGGAUUCACGAGUUAGCCCUUCACACAUCUUGAAUUUCCAACUUGGGGAAGCCUUUAUCGUUAGAAACAUUGCAAACAUGGUGCCACCUUAUGACAAGACAAAACACUCUAAUGUUGGUGCGGCCCUUGAAUAUCCAAUUACAGUCCUCAACGUGGAGAACAUUCUGGUGAUUGGUCACAGCUGUUGUGGUGGAAUAAAGGGACUUAUGGCCAUUGAAGAUGAUACAGCUCCCACUAAGACAGAGUUCAUAGAAAACUGGAUCCAGAUCUGUGCACCGGCCAAGAACAGGAUCAAGCAGGAAUGCAAAGACCUAAGCUUUGAAGAUCAGUGCACCAACUGUGAGAAGGAAGCCGUGAACGUGUCCUUGGGGAAUCUGUUGUCUUACCCAUUCGUGAGAGAAAGAGUGGUGAAGAACAAGCUUGCCAUAAGAGGAGCUCACUAUGAUUUUGUGAAAGGAACGUUUGAUCUUUGGGAACUAGACUUCAAGACCACCCCUGCCUUUGGCUUGUCUUAAAAGUUUUGAACUCAAACCUUUUCUCUAUGUUUCGUCUAAGUGUGUUCUUAUAAUCUUCUUCUGUUGCUUCUGUAAUGUCAUCUUUGCUACUUCUGUUUCAAAAGAAAUGAAUAAAGCUUUAAAGAGCAU